AUGGCUGAACCGUCCAAGGAGCAAAUUGACCUCAUUUUCAAAAAGCUGAAACAGAACCGGCACAAUAAAGCAUGUUUUGACUGCAAGGCCAAGAACCCGGGAUGGGCCUCUGUUUCCUUUGGUGUUUUUAUUUGUACCGAUUGCUCUUCGGCUCACCGCAAUUUGGGUGUGCAUAUCAGUUUUGUUAGAUCGACUGUGUUGGAUUCCUGGAACUGGAAUCAGCUUCGUCUCAUGAAAGUGGGCGGUAACCAGGCGGCGAACGAGUAUUUUUCAAAGCAUGGUAGUGGUAUGGCCAGUAGCAACGAUGCCAGAGCCAAGUAUACGAGCAAAGCUGGACAACAGUACAAGGCACUGUUGGAAAAGAGAGCGGCUGAAGAUGCCGUGACAAAUCCGACGACGGUUGUGAUUGAUAUGGAAGCGCCUGUCGAGGCCAUUUCCGAAGCAACAUCUACACCUGCGGCGGAGGAACCCGUCGAACCCGUUACCAGUGAAGCCACGGCAACUGCCACUUUCGAAACAUCACCAGCACCACCCGCAAGCGCAGCCACCACGACCCCGUCCACGGCUACCGCCGCUAACCCUACCGCUACCGCUACCCCCACCACCACCACAAAAGCGAGUGCUUCAUCACCAUCGGCCACCGCUUCUUCAUCAGCAUUACCCUCACCACGUCCGUCUCUGGGAUCUACAAGCAGUUAUCGUAUGGCUGGACCACGUAUGAAUCGAUCACGUCUGGGGGCCAAAGCCACUAAACUCGGUGUCAAAAAGGCACCUGUCAACUUUAACUUUGAGGAAGCGGAGGCCAAGGCCAAGGAAGAAAGUGAACGAAAGGCCAAAUUGGGAUACGAGGAUGAAGAGGAAGCGGAGACUCAGACAACAGGCGACGACAACGCAAGUGCAACUGAAUCCAAGAAAAUGUCACUAUCAUCUCGAUUAGCGUAUCAAGAUGCGACCAACCCUCAAGACAGCCGUGGCGGCGGUCAUGAAGAAGAGUAUGAAAAGUUGGGAUUCGGUAUGUCCCGUCUAAAUGUGAAUGCACCGUCACGAUCCACAUCCAACUACAGCGGCUUUGGAGCUACCAAAACACAGCAGGAGGAAGAACAAGAAUACCAAUCCGCACGUGAAAAGUUUGGCAAUGCCAAAGCCAUUUCGUCGGACCAGUUCUUUGGACGCAACGAGUACGAUCCUGCCGUGUCGGCCGCGCAAUCGCAACGUCUAUCAGAAUUUUCAGGCGCUCGCGCCAUCUCGUCGGAUCAAUAUUUUGGACGUGAGCCGGAACUUGAUGAAGGACCACGCGCAGAGAAUCCCGACUGGUUGCAAGACCAAGCGGCGUUCAUUGCGCGAAAGUUCAUGGGUCAAGCCUCAGCCGAUCUGGAAUCUGUGCGUGAUUUGGCCGAGAACGCAACAAGCAAGCUCCAAGAUAUUUUCCACGAUCUUCAGCAACGUUACAAUUACUGA